AUGAGUUACAGACAGUUCACGUCCUGCUGGAGCCGCGGCAGCUCCGGGGGCGGCCAGCGCUCUUCCUCCAGCCGCUUCAGCUCCGGCGGCGGCGGGGGUCGCUUCAGCUCCGCGAGUGGCUUUGGCGGCCGGAGCAGCUCCGGGGCCUGCGGCGGGGGCGGCGGCGGCUCCCGCUCUGGCGGGGGCUUCAGUGCUGGGAGCAUGGGCGGAGGCUUCGGCGGCGGCUCCGGGGGCUUCGGAGGAGGCUUCGGCGGUGGCUCCGGGGGCUUCGGCGGUGGGUCCGGGGGCUUCGGAGGAGGCUUCGGCGGCGGCUCCGGGGGCUUCGGAGGAGGCUCUGGGGGCUUCGGAGGAGGCUUCGGCGGUGGCUCCGGGGGCUUCGGCGGCUUCGGCGGUGGGUCCGGGGGCUUCGGAGGAGGCUCUGGCGGCGGCGGAGGCUUCCUGGCUACCGACGAGAAGGCCGCUAUGCAGAACCUCAACAGCCGCCUGGCCUCCUACCUGGACAAGGUGCAGCAGUUGGAGCAGGAAAACUACGAGCUGGAGAGCAAGAUCCAGGAGUGGUACGACAAGCAGGGGCCUAAGUUCUUCCAGAAGGACUACUCUCCCUACUACGACACCAUCGAUGACCUCCAGAAACAGAUUCUGCACCUGACCACGGGCACCAACAAAACUCUCCUGGAGAUCGACAACACUCGGAUGACACUCGAUGACUUCAGGGUGAAGUACGAGAUGGAGAGGUCUUUGGUACAGUCCGUGGACGCAGACAUCAACGGCCUGCGGCAGGUGCUGGACAGCCUGAACAUGGAGAAGUCUGACCUGGAGAUACAGUAUGAUACUCUGAAGGAUGAGCUGCAGUCCCUCAAGAAGAACCACCAGGAGGAGAUGAGCCAGCUGACCGGGCAGAACGGCGGAGACGUCAACGUGGAGAUCAACGUUGCCCCCAGCAAGGACCUCACCCAGACCCUUAACAACAUGCGCCAGGACUACGAGCAGCUCAUCUCCAGGAACCGGAAGGAGAUCGAGGAACGCUAUGAGUCGCAGAUGACCCAGAUCGAGCAGGAGGUGACCAACAGCGGCCAAGAGAUGGAGAAGAACACCAAGGAGCUGACCCAGCUCCGGCACGGCGUGCAGGAGCUGGAGAUCGAGCUGCAGACGCAGCUCAGCACGAAAUCAGCUCUGGAGAAGGCCCUGGAGGACACGAAGAACCGCUACUGCGGCCUGCUGCAGCAGAUGCAGCAGCAGAUCAGCGCCGUGGAAGAGCAGCUUGCCCAGGUCCGGGGCGAGAUCGAGUGCCAGAACUUGGAGUACAGCAACCUGCUGAGCAUCAAGAUGCGGCUGGAGCAGGAGAUCAAGACCUACCGCGACCUCCUCGAGGGCGGCCAGGAGGAUUUUGAAUCUUCUGGAGCUGGACACAUUGGCUUUGGAAGUGGCAAAGGAAGACAAGGAGGGAGUGGGUCUAGAGGAGGCAGCUCUGGUGGAGGAAGUGGUUUUGGUGGGGGCAGCUAUGGUGGAGGAAGUAGUUCUGGUGGGGGCAGCUAUGGUGGGGGAAGUGGAUCUAGGGGAGGAAGUGGGGGCAGCUAUGGUGGAGGAAGUAGUUCUGGUGGGGGAAGUGGGGGCAGCUAUGGUGGAGGAAGUAGAAGUGGUUCUGGAGGAGGAAGUGGAGGAAGUAGUUCUGGUGGGGGAAGUGGAGGCAGCCAUAGUGGAGGAAGUGGUUCCAAGGGAGGAAGUGGAGGUGGCUAUGGUGGAGGAAGUAGCUCUGGAGGAGGAAGUAGAGGCGGCCAUGGUGGGGGAAGUAGUUCUGGAGGAGGAAGUGGAAGCAGCCAUGGUGGGGGAAGUAGUUCUGGAGGAGGAAGUACAGGCGGCUUUGGUGGGGGAAGUGGAUCCAAAGGAGGAAGUGGGGGCAGCAGAAGACCAUCCCAGACCCAGUCCUCCUCAAAUCCCGAGGACUGUGACGAUACACAAGGUAAUGCACGUUCAGGAUGGCUGGCUUGCCGGGCAGCCCCCGGCCAGGUGCUGUGGACCCCUGGGUGCCGAUCGCUGCUUCUGGCAGCCUCAGAUGAGUUAGGGUCCCCUCUCCACGUGGCCCAGGCCGCAGAGGUCUAG